AUGAGCGGGCUGCGGCGGCUGUUCCGCGGCAGCGGCCGGGCCCUGGCCUUGGUGUUCGCCGCCUCGGUGGCCUGGGUGCUGCUCGACAUGGCCGCUCUCCGCCUCUCGCUGGGCGAGGCGGGCGGGCGGCUGCUGCGGGAGGCGGCGGGGCAGCGGCAGCGGCCGGGGCCGGGGUUGGGGCCGGGGUUGGGGCCGGGGCCGGGGUUGGGGCCGGGGCCGGGAUUGGGGCGGGCGCGGCCCCGGCGCGGCCCCGAGGCGCCGGCGAAGGCGGCGGAGCCGGGAGCAGCCCCCGCCGGGCGCGGGGCCGGGGGCUGGCGGAGAGGCGGCGAUGCCCCCGGGCCCCCGGGCCCCGGGCGCGGCGGGGCGGGCACGGCGCUCCUCGGAGCCCGCCCGAGCCAGCAGCGUCCCUCCGGCACGGCGGGACCCACCGGGCCGGCAGCGCAGCCUGGACCAGGGGAAACAAACACGGGACGGAAAGAAACUUCCUCCAAAACUCCCUUCAUCCUCAUUAGCAAAGAGGAGGCGAACCUCGCCAGCCCCGCAGCCCCGCGCCGUGGGCCCCACUCCGCGGGCAGCGCCACAAGGAGACCUGGAAAGCACAAAGAACUCGCUGGCAAGAGCAGCGAUGGUGCCCACGCUGCCACUGCCACUGCUGGGGCCACCGCCACGGGCGGCCAGAGCCGGACGCUGGGUGCGACACCAGGAGCAGCUCCGGGAGCGGCUGGCACUGGCCAGGAUGGGCAGGAACAGACGGGAGCAGCUCCUGGAAGAGCUGGCACUGGCCAGGAUGGGCAGGAGCAGAGGGGAGCAGCUCCUGGAAGAGCUGGCACUGUCCAGGACGGGCAGGAACAGAGGGGAGCAGCUCCGGGAGCGGCUGGCACUGGCCAGGAUGGGCAGGAGCAGAGGGGAGCAGCUCCUAGGGUGGCUGGCACUGGCCAGGAUGGGCAGGAGCAGAGGGAAGCAGCUCCUGGAGCAGCUGGCACUGGCCAGGAUGGGCAGGAACAGGGGAGAGCAGCUCCUGGAAGAGCUGGCACUGGCCAGGAUGGGCAGGAACAGAGGGGAGCAGCUCCGGGAGCAGCUGGCACUGGCCAGGAUGGGCAGGAACAGAGGGGAGCAGCUCCUGGAGCAGCUGGCAAUGGCCAGGAUGGGCAGGAGCAGGGGAGAGCAGCUCCUGGAAGAGCUGGCACUAGCCAGGAUGGGCAGGAACAGAGGGGAGCAGCUCCGGGAGCGGCUGGCACUGGCCAGGAUGGGCAGGAACAGAGGCGGAGCAGCCCCGGGAUGCACAGAGUUCUGUCCAUGGAUGCAACACUUGCCCCGAGAGACCCCCGAGCUCCCGGCCAGUUUGGACACCCUGUUGUUGUUCCUGAUGAUAAACAAGAGGAAGCCAAAAGCAGAUGGAAAGAAGGAAACUUUAAUGUCUACCUCAGCGAUCUGAUCCCUGUGGAUCGAGCCAUCGCAGACACCAGGCCUGCCGGGUGCUCCGAGCAGCAGGUCCACGACGACCUGCCCAGCACCUCUGUCAUCAUGUGCUUUGUGGACGAGGUGUGGUCGGCGCUGCUGCGCUCCGUGCACAGCGUGCUCGGCCGCUCCCCGCCGCGCCUGCUCCACGAGAUCAUCCUGGUGGACGACUCCAGCACCAAGGAGUACCUGAAGGAGCAGCUGGAUGCGUACAUGUCGCACUUCCCGAAGGUGAAGAUCCUGCGCCUCAAGGAGAGGCACGGCCUGAUCCGGGCCAGGCUGGCGGGAGCCCAGAUCGCCACAGGCGCCGUGCUGACGUUCCUGGACUCGCACGUGGAGUGCAACGUGGGGUGGCUGGAGCCGCUGCUGGACAGGGUCCGCCUGCGCCCCUCCAAGGUGGCCUGCCCUGUCAUCGAGGUCAUCAGCGACAAGGACAUGAGUUACAUGACCGUGGACAACUUCCAGCGUGGGAUUUUUACUUGGCCAAUGAAUUUCGGAUGGAAGCAGAUUCCACAGGAGGUCAUUGAGAAAAAUAAAAUCAAGGAGACUGAUAUAAUAAGGUGCCCUGUCAUGGCAGGUGGCCUCUUCUCCAUCGAUAAGAAGUAUUUCUUUGAGCUGGGAAUGUACGACCCAGGACUGGAUGUCUGGGGAGGGGAAAAUAUGGAGAUUUCAUUCAAGGUCUGGAUGUGCGGAGGAGAGAUCGAGAUAGUCCCGUGCUCCAGAGUCGGGCACAUUUUCAGGAACGACAACCCUUAUUUCUUCCCGAAGGACCGGGUGAGGACGGUGGAGCGGAACCUGGCCCGCGUGGCCGAGGUGUGGCUGGACGAGUACAAGGAGCUCUUCUACGGGCACGCCUACCACCUGCUGCUGAGCAGCGUGGAUGUGGGGGACCUGACCCAGCAGAUGCAGCUGCGCAAGAGGCUCCGGUGCAAAAGCUUCCGCUGGUACCUGGAGAACGUCUACCCGGACCUGGAAGCUCCCCUGGUUAAAGCCAGUGGGCUGCUCAUUAACGUGGGCCUGGAAGGAUGCAUCACUGUGGAAGGCUCCACCCUGGCUUUUGAGGAGUGUGAUGUUAACAACGCGAACCAGAAGUUCAACUACACCUGGCUGAGGCUGAUCCAGCACGGAGAGCUCUGCCUUGCCCCAGCCGGCGUCGUGGGAGCCGUGGGCCUGCGCCGCUGCCAGGGCAGGAGCCGCAGCCUGGCCUGGCUGCACAGGUCUCUGGCCACUGUCCGGCCAGGGCUGACCGACCACCUCAUCUCGGAGCACCAGCACCUCCCGCGGCCGGCGUGCCUGGAGGUGGAUCCCUCCUUCCGAGCGCUGAGGGUGAGGGGCUGCGACCCCGCCAGCGCCCACCAGAAGUGGCGGUUUGGCAGCUACCACGCGGACUGAGGGCAGGACCGCGGGGACACCGCGGGGACACCGCGGGGACACUGCGGGGACACCGCGGGGACACCACGGGCUCAGCCAGGGACACCACGGGGACACCGCGGGGACACCGCGGGGACACCACGGGCUCAGCCAGGGACACCACGGGGACACCGCGGGGACACCGCGGGGACACCGCGGGCUCAGCCGGGGACACCGCGGGGACACCACGGGCUCAGCCGGGCCUCGCUGGGGCUGAUGGCCACUCCCGAAGGGAACGGGCGUUUCCAAGGGAGAACUGAAAUCCGAGAUUUGACAUCAGCUCCUGGAGGGAUCCGAGCACCCAGGGCAGCACCGCUGGUGUGGCAGUGCCUCAACAGAUCGGCGUUGUUUUCUCUCGCUGUGGGAGACUUUGGGAAAAACUCACUUUCUGUAUCAUUAAAUGGAAAUAUUUUUUGAAGUCCCCA